UCGACGGGAGGCCGACGUCAGCCCCAGAGGAGCGGAUGGCCCGUGUAAUAAAAAUGCAUGAAGAGAAUUGAGGAAAAGGAGAAGAUUGUCCGGAGGGAGACAGAGAGAGAGAGAGUGAGCAGCAGCAGCAGCAGCAGCACGGGGUCUGGAUCUCCUUCCUCCCCCUGAGCCGCGGACGUCAACGCCUCUCGUUGUUUGUUCAACAUUUGUGGCGAUGUGGGAUAUUUUCCGCCGCCCUGUCGACAGGUUGCGGCUGGAAGGCUGAGUGUUUACGCGUGGCUUUCUUCUGGAGCAGAGCAGAGAGAGAUAACUGUAUAACAGCCUAUAGCGGAUUGGAGUGAAGGUCCGCCAUAUUCUGCCUCACCACGCCCGGGAGUCGAGCCGCUGGGAACAUGAGCGGACUGCUUUCUUCACGCGUCCCCGCUCAUCCGCGACGGUAACUCGGACACAGCGCGGGGGAAUUUCGCCCCUGGAAGAGACAUUAAACCAACAUUGUGUUUAGAGAGCCGGCUGAUCGGGUGGCUGUGCCCCUAUCGAGAUCACACGGAGGAUGCGUCUUACAAGGAUCUGUUGAUCAUAUUGAGAAGGAAAAGCAGAUCACCACCAAUUAAGAUCCGACAGAUAUUCGGCUCACACCCACCCUUGUCGGGAGGAGGAGGCCCCGGGAAGCGAAGCGAAUCUGGGGAAGUGGGGUUGGAUCAUAGUAAUUCAUCAAACAUCUUCUUUUUUGGCCCACAAUCUGUGCUGCGUCCAGGCUCCUCUACGAGGGGCGUCCACGCGUCGUUCCAUCAGACGCAGGCCUGUAUAUGUGGACGUUAUCCGGCAUCCACAGGCCUCCUGGGUGUGUGUUUAAAGAACGCCAUAGACGCGGCUGAGAUCUGGAUGAAUCAGUGAUCCAACAAGCGCAAAGUACGUUUUUUUAAAGAGCAGGGGAAAAAAAGGAGAGGAUGACUCUGGAGUCCAUCAUGGCGUGUUGCCUCAGCGAGGAGGCGAAGGAAGCCCGGCGGAUCAACGACGAGAUCGAGAGGCAGCUCCGCCGGGACAAGAGGGACGCGCGCCGGGAACUGAAACUGUUGCUCCUCGGCACCGGAGAGAGUGGGAAGAGCACCUUCAUCAAACAGAUGAGGAUUAUCCACGGCACAGGCUACUCCGAUGAGGACAAGAGAGGUUUUACCAAACUGGUGUAUCAGAACAUCUUCACGUCCAUGCAGGCCAUGAUCCGAGCCUCAGAGACGCUCAAGGUCCCCUACAAAUAUGAGCACAACAAGGGUAACGCCAACAUCGUGAGGGAGGUGGACGUAGAAAAGAUCAACAGGCUCGAGAAUCCUUACGUAGAUGCAAUCAAGAGCCUAUGGAAUGACCCGGGCAUCCAGGAGUGUUAUGAUCGCAGGAGGGAAUACCAGCUCUCAGACUCCACCAAGUAUUACCUGAACGCGUUGGACCGAAUCGCAGUGCCAUCCUAUCUUCCCACUCAGCAGGACGUGUUGAGGGUUCGAGUCCCGACCACGGGCAUCAUCGAAUACCCGUUUGACUUGCAGAGCGUCAUAUUCAGGAUGGUGGAUGUGGGAGGUCAGAGGUCGGAGAGAAGGAAGUGGAUCCACUGCUUUGAGAACGUCACAUCCAUCAUGUUCCUGGUGGCGCUCAGCGAGUACGACCAAGUUUUGGUGGAAUCAGACAACGAGAACCGGAUGGAGGAGAGUAAAGCUCUGUUUAGGACAAUAAUCACGUACCCCUGGUUCCAGAACUCCUCUGUCAUCCUGUUCCUCAACAAGAAGGACCUGCUGGAGGAGAAGAUCAUGUACUCUCAUCUGGUCGACUACUUCCCAGAAUACGAUGGUCCGCAGAGGGACGCCCAAGCAGGCCGCGAGUUCAUCCUCAAGAUGUUCGUGGACCUGAACCCAGACAGCGACAAGAUCAUCUACUCUCACUUCACCUGCGCCACUGACACGGAGAACAUCCGCUUUGUCUUCGCCGCCGUCAAAGACACAAUCCUGCAGCUCAACCUGAAGGAGUACAACCUGGUGUAGAGCCCUCAACACACACUGACUGCUGCAAUCUGUGAAAAGAGAGAUCACACACACACACACACACACACACACACACACACACACACUCUGAAAAAAAGAAAAUCGGAGAAAAAAAAAAUCAAAUGCAUAAUACUAAUUUAUUUGCCAUUUGUUGAUCUCUUGGUCGCCAAGGGGUGAGCAAAGUAAGUCAAGGGAGGGAGGGGGUCGGUUAUGGUGAAGAGUUGGGAGGGACUUGCUAUCGAACAUGUGCAGCAAUGAUCCUUGUUUUUUAGGCUUUUGCGCAUUGUUGAGUUUUUUUCUUGUUUGUUUUUUUUGACAGAAAGAAAGGAACUACUGUGUUUCCUGGAGGUGUGGGGGCGCGGGGGGCGGGGGGGGGGGAUAGUUGCCCAUCAGACUGAGACGUCAGAGCAGAAAUGCAAUGUGCCCCCUCCCUCCUGCCUUUUUAUAAACAAGAAUCUUUACCUGUGGAUUCGUUCUGAAUCUCUCUCACAGGCGUUUACUUGUUGGCCCAACAGGAAGUGAUGUAACACAUCUCCAAUCAACAGCUUCCUUUUUCCUGCAAAGGAUCCAUGGGCAAGUCUGUUGAUGAGUUUGGCAUAAACUGUGAUUUUUAAAUUAUUUCAUAUUGAUUUGAUAUUGAUUGACUUCAAUCAUCAUUAUUAUUGUUAUUAUCAUUAUCACAUUGACCUUGGUACCAUGCGAUGAGUUAGGGCAGGUGUUGCCAGCGUGGAAGCACACGGCCACAUUGACGUGUUGAGCGACAUUUAAGAGGCGUGAGGGAAACUGGCUUCAAAAAUGCUUUGGAAGCUUUGGGCGACGAGGUUAGGAGGCACAUGGAGACCUCUGCUCCGAUGAACCAAGAUGGCGACCGCCGCUUGUCAGGGACUGAAGGGGGAGGAGGAGGGGAUAAAUUAUAAGACAAUGUUGUUAAAUGAUUAUGUUCCACUGUGCCACAUUAGUGCUUUUUUGUUAUGCUAGUAUGUUUAUUUAUUUGCCAAUACCAAAACAACUCACGGCUCCACGUUGCGCUGUUUACUACUUUUGAUGGAAGGAAAAGUGUUGAGAACAGCAGAGAGCAGGGCUGAUCGACUUAUUGAUCAACUGAUUCCUGCAGCUUUUUAAGGGUUCAAUAAAUAAUGGUAUUACACACAAAUGCACACACACACAAACACACAAAAAGCAACCACAGCUUGGGCUUGAGGCAGCCUCCCUCCUGACCUGCAGACUUGUCCGGUCACAUUUUAGGCGUGUCAUUAUAUCUGUCCAAACAAAGCCCUGCUGUCUUGACUGUUUUCGUCCAAUGGCAGUGGAAAACACAUUUGGCUCAUUCCCAAGUCAAAGGGCGAAGUGUUGAUAUUCAGUUUGUCCAAAGUAAAGCCCUUGUCGUUCCUGAUUGGCCCCUCUGAUUUACCAUUUCCUCAUUCCCAAGUUACUUUGGAGUAUUUUUUUGUAAGAAUUCUAUAGAACACAAGCCUGUAAUUCACAUUUAUUGAGGCAUAGUGCAAUUAUGAAUGCUAUAAUCAUUGUAUAUACAUCUCUCUCUCUCUAUAUAUAUAUAUAUAUAUAUAUAUGGCAGCAUUUUUGUUGGCUUUGUAAUCAUUACUUCAUUUUGGCAGAUUGAAUGUGCGGUAUUGAACAUAUGUAUCUAUGUAAUUCUAUUGUAUGUCUAAUGGAAAAUUCAUUUUUUUGGAAGAAAAAAAAUACUUUAUUUACA